UCUCGUUCUAGAGCAGAAUUGCCUCUCACAACGCUUAUGCUAAUCUCUCUUUGUCGAGAAAUCAACUUGUGUAAACAUCCGUUGCCUUCCCCGCCAAGAAAACCAUUCUAAUAAAUACCGAUGAACCCUGCCAAGGAAACCAUGGCUUCUCGCAAGGUCCAUGUCUUGGCGUUUCCAGCGCCCGCGCAAGGCCAUAUCUCCCCAAUGAUCCAUCUCUGUAAGUUCAUCGCCCAAGAUCCAAGCUUCACAAUCUCCUGGGUCAAUAUCGACAGCCUCCACGACGAGUUCGUCAAGCACUGGGUGGCGCCGGCGGGGCUGGAAGCUCUGCGCCUCCAUUCCAUCCCAUUCUCGUGGAAGCUCCCGCGAGGAGUCGACGCCAACGUCGCAGGAAAUGUGGGGGACUGGUUCACGGCAGCCGCGCGAGAGCUCCCCGGCGGCCUCGAGGAUUUGAUCCGCAAGCUCGGCGAGGAGGGCGAUCCGGUCAGCUGUAUCGUCUCGGAUUACAUCUGCGAUUGGACCCAGGAUGUGGCGGCUGUGUUUGGAAUCCCCAGGAUCAUUCUUUGGUCGGGAAACGCGGCAUGGACGAGCUUUGAGUACCACAUUCCAGAGCUUCUGGAGAAAGAUCACAUCUUUCCUAGCAGAGGGAAAGCUUCCCCCGACGAGGCCAAUGCCGUGAUCAUCGAUUACGUCCGAGGAGUCAAGCCCCUCCGCCUGGCCGAUGUGCCCGAUUGCCUGCUGGCCUCGGAGGGCCAGGAGGUGUUGAAGGAGAUUUGCAUCAAGCGCUCCCCCGUCGUGAAGCGCGCGCGCUGGGUCCUCGUCAAUUCCUUCUACGACCUCGAGGCGCCCACCUUCGAUUUCAUGGCCAGCGAGCUCGGGCCUCGAUUCAUCCCCGCGGGGCCACUGUUCUUGUUCGACGAUUCCAGGAAGAAUGUCGUGCUUCGACCCGAGAACGAGGAUUGCCUUCACUGGAUGGAUGUGCAGGAGCCUGGAUCAGUGCUCUACAUCUCGUUUGGCAGCAUCGCGGUGCUGAGCGUGGAGCAGUUCGAGGAGCUCGCGGGAGCUCUCGAGGCAUCGAAGAAGCCAUUCUUGUGGGUGAUUCGACCUGAGCUGGUGGUGGGUGGUCACUCGAACGAAUCUUACAAUGGGUUUUGCGAGAGGACCAAGAACCAGGGAUUCAUCGUUUCCUGGGCGCCACAGCUGAGAGUUCUCGCCCAUCCCUCCAUGGGAGCGUUUCUCACGCACUGCGGAUGGAAUUCCGUCCAGGAGAGCAUCGCUAAUGGCAUUCCAAUGCUGGGGUGGCCUUACGGGGGCGAGCAAAACACCAACUGUAAGUUUAUAGUGGAGGACUGGAAGAUCGGGGUUAGAUUCUCCAAGACAGUGGUGCAGGGAUUGAUCGAGCGAGGAGAGAUCGAGGCCGGCAUAAAAAAGGUGAUGGAUAGCGAGGAGGGGAAGAAGAUCAAGAAGAGAGUGCAGAACCUGAAGAUCCUUGCGAGGAAAGCUAUGGACAAAGAGAAUGGGAAGUCGUUUUGUGGCCUCCAGGGAUGGCUGGAAGAUCUCAAAGCUAUGAAGCUGGAUCGCAAGUGAGUGAACGAUGCAUUCUUUGAUAAAAACUUCCUAUCAGUUCUCAAGAUAAAGACAUGCUAGUCGAGUAAAACGCUUCUGCGGGACUUGGAUAAUGUCUGAGCAAAUAAACAAAAAUUAUUUGACAUAAUUGCUCAGGGAUGCUUUAUUUCUAGUGGUUGACUAUAAGUUAUAAUCAAAGCAAUGGACAUUAUAGUCA